UUUUUUUGGAUCUUGUAUUAGUCCUAGCAGGAGUUUCGCAAGGUACAAGUAAAACCAAUAGGGGUUGCAAAGGGUAUCGCCAAGGAUGAGUGCUCCAUGUAAACAUUGGCUCUGUGUCCGCGGGAAGUGCUGCAAAUGCGGAUUAUACUUAAAGCGUGUAACAGUUCCUACAAGGGUAAGAGAUACAAAUUUCCCUGAAUGCCGCCACUGGGUUGCUCAACGAGGAUUCUGUUGCCGAUGCGGUGAACAGGUGGAGGAAGAAGAUGGGAAACCUUUCGAGUACAUCUCCGAGAGUGCACAGCUGAGCCACAAAUAUGUAACAGCCAUGAAGAAGCAAAAGUCUGGUAUCGGGUUUGGGCAGAGGAAGCUUCACUUGGUUCUCGGUCUGCACCACACACUUUUGGAUAGCUGUCACAUCGCCCGGCUUGCAGACGGAGACAAGCAUCUCGUUGAACAGGUUGGCGUAAGGGAUGAUCUGGGGCGUUUCAUCAAGGGCUAUGCGUGUAGUGACGUGUUGGUCAAGUUACGGCCUUUCGUUCACCAGUUCCUACGCGAGGCAGACGAGCUGUUUGUGAUGCAUGUGUACACAAACCUUAGCCGAAGCACUAGUCGCAGCCUCGUCAAGAUGCUUGAUCCGCUGCGUAUAUUCUUUGGGCACCGCGUCAUCGUCGAGGAAGACACUCCAGAUGACCACAAGACUCUUGGUCUUGUAUUGGCUCAAGAACGUGGCGUGGUAAUCGUCGAUUGGGUAAGACCAGCGUGGGAUCCCAAAGAUAGAAGAAACUUGGUUCAGAUCAAACCAUACAGAUAUUUUAAACCCAACCCUCUUGGAACGCCCAAGAUCCUUCUCAACUUGCUCAAGAACAAACUGUUCAAAGUUGAGUCAGAUCCGGAGAAAAAGAUGCCUGAUGAUCAAAGUGAUCAAGACACAGCUUUGAUGGAUCUUCUCAAAUCCCUCAAGGAUCUUCACCGCAGAUUCUUUAAUGGCCCAUCUUACGACGUCAGGAUCUUAUCAGCUGUGGAUGAAAGCAGUUACGUGGAGAAUAAUAAUCUCAUACCUUUCGAUUUCCUAUCCAAGGGCUUGAAAUUGAGCCCUCAAUACGUUGGUUUUAUGAAGCGCCAUGUCAUGAUAAAAACUUUACAAGAGAAGAAGAAGCUUCACUUGCUCCUUGGUCUACGAGGCACACUCUACGACUACAGUAGAAUUUCUCAAUUAUCCGAUAGCGAGAAGCAUCUGAUCGGACAAGUAGAUUCAAGGGACGAUCUUUGGCGGAUCACCGCACAGUCCCAUGAAGGGUUGAUAAAAUUGCGCCCUUUUGUAGCCGAAUUCUUGCGUGAAGCAAACAAGUUGUUCACGCUACAUGCUUACUCGCUUGCCCGGCCAGAACACUCCGAUUAUAUGCUCAAGUUGCUUGAUCCGGAUCAAACCUACUUUGGCCGUCGCGUCAUCUGCAGUAGAGACACUUGGAUGAAAACACUUGACCUUGUCUUGGUCGACGAACGUGUCCUGGUUGUCAUGGAUGAUCAAUGUUCAACUUGGUGGACGGACCAUACCAACCACUUGCUUCAGAUCACGAGUUACCGUUAUUUCCAAAGACCCACGACGACCCAACACAAUGGAUUGAUUGCAAAUCUUUUCAACUUCCUUAAGGCAAACUUGUUGGGAUAUCGUUGCCACCAUUUGGCUCCAAAAUCUUCAUCGGAGGAGAAUAUAGAUGAGACUGAAGAGGAUGGAGGAUUGGCCAAUGCUCUCAAGUUCCUCAGGAAUCUUCAUCAACGAUUCUUCGACGGAGAAUAUCAAGACGUGAGGAUGUUGCUUCAUACAUAAUCAUUUCAACAAUAUGAAGCCCAAAGCUAGGCCCAUAUUUAGCCUAACAAAACUUGUUGAAAUUU